CCUAGCAACUGAGGGAGAGUGAUACCCAGGCCAGCUGCUCUUCAGGAUUGGUCAGACUGCUAGCAUGGGCUCCGCCUAUUUACUCAGGCAGGAGAGAAAAAAUACAAAAAAUCUAAACAUCUUCGACACUAUAUUCACUCCUGUGCACUUGACCUCCCAGCACUUUAACCUCUCAUUUUUUUUUCCAUUGUUUUUAUUUGUUCAGAAAAAAAAUAUAUUUUCUUUUGCGCUGUAUAUGUAACUUUAUGUUAAUACAUGUGCUAUUUUUAUCCGCUAGCGUGGAAGAUCUCAGCAAAUAGAACUGCCUUGCAGAAUGACUUCUCCGUAUCCCACCUUACAGUACUGUCCAGAGCACACUUUUCAGCGACUGAGAGACCCAUCCUCCCGCAAGUGGACAGAGAGUUCAUUCCUCACCUCCGUGCCCCAGUCCCAGUCAUCGCAGACCAGUGACAUUGUCAGUCAGGAUGUUUUCAACCAGUUGCUGGAAAUGUUGGAUCAGUCUGCAUUUCAUUCAGUCCAACCAAUAGAGCUCAAUUUCUCAGACCAGCCAGUGGACGGGUCUCCAGGCAACACUAUUCAGAUCAGCAUGGACUGCAUCACCAUGCACAGCCCUGAUGACCCGUUUGCUCUGCGGGGCAGCAAUUUAAUGCAGCACCUGCCGCCCAGUUGA